CUGAAUGCAAGUUAAGGAAAUUGCGCUGUUCCAACUCAAACAUGGAUCUGCGACUCGUCAAUCUCCUGGUAUUGGCUGCAUUUUUCUGCUACCUGCAGCUUUCCGAAGCUUUCAUAAAUUCCAAAAUUCAGUGCUGCACUGAAUAUAGUGACCGGAUUCCUAAAAAAGUUUUACAGAGAGUGAAAUCAUAUAAAAUUCAGCAAGCCAAUGGAAUAUGCAAUCUGAGAGCUGUUGUGUUAUAUACAAGACACAAGACUUUAUGUAUGAAUCCCAAGAAUAAGCAUGUUAUGAGAUGGAUAAAAAAGAAAAACAAAGAUCAAUGUCAGAAGACAUCUACUUGUGUUGGAAAAAAGAAAACAAAAAGGCCGAAAAAAAAGCAAAAGAAUCCCAAAACAUAAACAAAAAAUAAAUGCAUAAAUGAAAUGUACUACAA